AUGCGGUUUCCAAAAAGAGGCUGGCAGCUACGGUUAUUGCAGUUCAUUGGUGUACUGGGAUCACUAUGGAUGCUUUUCCUAUUGAGGCAGGUGAAAACAGGCAGAGGUCCUGUCUUCAUCUUCAGGUAUCGAUGGCUGGAGUAUACCGAUGAUGACAGCAGCCCAGAGAACAUUUGCAACUGUUCAGCAAUCCUGCAGGGAGAGCAGGAGGAAUUGCUGCAAGCCAAGUUACUGACUGUCACCAAAGACUUCCAGAAGAGGAUUCAGAUCCCUGAUGAGUAUUAUAUCAAUGCAACCCAAGACUGCAGGAAAUUCAAAGUAAGCAGGAAAUACAUAACAUUGCCAUUAAGCAAGGAAGAAGAGGCCUUUCCUCUGGCUUACUCUAUGGUUGUACAUCACAAGGUUCAAAACUUUGAGCGACUACUACGAGCUGUCUACACACCUCAAAAUAUUUACUGUGUCCAUGUGGACAAAAAGUCACCGGCCUCAGUCUUUUCUGCCAUCAAGGGCAUUGUUUCCUGUUUCCCAAAUGUGUUCAUGGUCAGUGAGGCUGUGAGCGUGGUCUAUGCUGGAUGGACACGUGUUCAGGCUGACCUUAACUGUAUGGCUGAUCUCUAUAAUGCCAGUACAACAUGGAAAUACUUCAUCAACCUCUGUGGCCAAGAUUUCCCUCUAAAAACCAACUUGGAAAUUGUGCAGACUUUGCGUUCACUGAAAGGGGGGAACAGUUUGGAGACAGAGGCAAUGUCUCCUGGAAAGAAGUGGAGGGUGACUACUGUUUUCCACACAGUUGAUGGAAAAAUCCAGUCUACAGGAAAAACAAAGGAUCCACCUCCCUUCAAUCUGCCCCUUCUAUCAGGAAAUGCCUACAUCGUGGUGAACCGAGGUUAUGUUCGCAGUGUGUUGGAAGACAAGCGAGUACUGGCGCUCAUUGAGUGGGCCAAAGAUACCUACAGUCCUGAUGAGUUUCUGUGGGCAACAAUACAACGAAUUCCUGGUGUUCCUGGCUCAACAUGGCCCAACCAUAAAUUCGACAUGACAGAUAUGAAUGCAAUUGCACGUAUGGUGAAGUGGCCCUGGCACGAGGGGUCACAGGGUUCACUGCAAGCAGUAUACCCAGAGUGCAAAGGCCACCACGUCAGAUCAGUAUGUGUGUAUGGCCCUGGAGACCUGCAAUGGUUGAUUGAGCAGCAUCACCUCUUUGCCAACAAGUUUGAUGCAGACACAGAUCCCAUCGCUGUCUACUGCUUGGAGAAAUAUCUAAGACAAAAAGCACUGAAUGAAUUAGAUUUGGUGUAGAUUUAAUCAUCUAUUACUAAAGAUAUUUAAAAAACUAUAAUCACAUUCUUGGAUAGUGUUGGAGCAUAAUUG